GAAAAAGUAGGACCCGAUUUCAUAACAUUGUCGCUAUUUGUGGGUUUCUCUUUCUCUCUAUCUCUAUCUUCUACACUGCACUGCUAUCUGUAACAAGUAGCAGUACAUACUUUUUGCAUGAGAAAUCCACCCAUGAAUCAUUUGUUAUCUCAAAGUGGAGGCCCUAUCUGAAACUUUGAUCUUCACAUCACCGACUCUUCUCUGUAACAAGAUUCGCUCUUCUGGAUUGCUUCUCUAAUAAAAUCCCAACCUGUGGUACAAUUGUUUUGGAUUUUUGCUUCCUUUUCAGUUGCUUGUGGAGGAGGAGAGUCUAGCUAUGGAAGUUGAUGUUUCCGAGUAUAAGGAUGAUAUCUCGAUUUUUGUGUUCCUACGAAUUCAUGAAUGAGAAAGAAAGUUUUCAGAAGGAAACCUCAUUGAUACUUAACCAGUAAGAAUAAUCUGCAUAGUUUCGUUUUGGCGAUGGGGGUUGCAAGUUCUAGAGUAGAAGAAGACAAGGCAUUACAACUUUGUCAGCAAAGGAAGAAGUUUGUUAGGCAAGCACUUGAUGGAAGGUGCUCACUUGCGGCUGCUCAUGUCACUUAUAUUCAAUCUCUGAAAAAUACGGGGGUUGCUCUUAGAAAGUUCAUCGAACCUGAUACUACGGCUGCACCGUCUUUGUAUACUUCCACAGUCGCUACCUCGGAACCACCUGCUUUGACCGAAAAGUCUCUUUCUCAGUUCUCUCUUUCCUCUCCUACUGUGUCACAGAAUGUGGAUGCGGUUGAAACCUUUUUCCCGUAUCUAUCUCCACACCAAAAUGGCCAGUUUCGGGCUAACUAUAUGAAAUCUGGAAGGAGUUCUUCUAUGAUAAUUCAAGAGAAGCCUCCUUUUUCAGUAACUGGGACCGUAAGGUCAGCUACGCCUCAAAGUGUCACUCCUCAAAAUCUCACACCUCAAUAUCUCACACCUAGAUCUGGCGAUGAGCAUGAUACAUCACCGUUUGAAGCUCCUGAACUUUCCCCUGAAGCUCCACCAUGGGAUUUUUUUGGUCUUCCAGUCGACAGGCGACUUUCUUUUGAAGAUGGACAAAACUAUGGGUUGGAUAAUGUUGAUCAUGUAGGCCAAUUCAGAGAAGGAAAGCAAGAAGAGGAAGUUUCUGAAUUGGAAGAAGAGAGACAGAGGAUUUCCUUCACUAGAAAGCCGGCUUCCCAAGAGUCUGAAGAUGAAUUUGAUGACCUACCUGUGGAUAAUCUCGUUCGGAGUUUCAAAAAUCUAAAUAGGGAGGAUACCUCGGUCCAUACUGUGCCUUCUCCAAGAGAAAUCAAGACCUUGACUGAAGGUAAAACAGAUUCUCCUGAUUUGUCACCUUUAAAAAGUAUGUCUUCAGUAGUUACACAUACAACACAUGAAAAGAGAACAGCAGAAGAAGGAUCUUGUCACACCAACAAGCUUGCACCCAAGGACUUCGUAUUAAUCAUGAGGGAAAUUGAAUCUCUCUUUCUCAGAGCUUCUGAAUGUGGAACAGAGGUUCCAAGGAUGCUCGAAGCCAAUAAGUUUCAUUUUCGCGCAGUGUUCCCUAAGCAAGAAGCUGGGUCAAAAGCAUCAAUGUUGAUCAAAGGUUGUUUUACUUGUGGUGAAGAUCCAAGCCAUGCUUCAGAAGGGCCUGCACCUACAGAAACCAAGUACUUAACUUGGCCAAAGACAUCAUCGUCCUGUUCCUCAUCCUCAAGGAAUCUUCUUAAUUCUACUCCGACAGGUGAUGUUGGAGGCAUGGACAAUAAUGUUUUCAGCAGUUCCUUUAUGAACUCAGGCAGCCAUGUGUCUACCUUAGAUAGGCUAUAUGCAUGGGAGAGAAAGUUAUAUGAUGAAGUCAAGGCCUGUGGCAUCAUUAGAAGAGAGUACGAUAUGAAAUGUAAACUGCUGAGGCAGCAAGACUCGACUGGAGAAAAUCGGCAAAAGGCUGAUAAAACAAGAACAAUUGUCAAGGAUCUACACUCGAGAAUCAGAGUAGCAAUUCAUAGAAUUGACUCAAUAUCAAAGAGAAUUGAGGAGUUAAGAGACAAAGAGUUGCAGCCACAACUUGAAGAGUUGAUUGAAGGUUUAAGUCGAAUGUGGGAAAUGAUGUUUGAAUAUCAUAAGGCUCAGUACAACAUGAUCUCAACAGCACACCACAAUGCAAGCACCAAAAUUUCCAUGCAUACGGAAUCACAUCGCCAGGCUGCUGCUCAUCUUGAAAAUGAAUUGAGUUCUCUUUCGUCAAGCUUUGUGAAGUGGACCGCAACGCAAAAAACCUAUGUGGAGUACAUAGAUGGAUGGCUCAACAAGUGUACAACCCUUCAACAAAAAUCUACAAGAUGGAAAAGGCAAAAAAAAGAACGACCCUUGAGAGAACAAGGCCCACCAAUAUUUGUCACUUGUGGUGUAUGGUUAGACAAGCUCAAGGUGUUGCCUACCAAGGAAGUUGCGGAUUCUAUAAAGAGUUUAGUUUCUGAUACAAUCUCUUUGCUACCCCAGCACGAGAAGAGAUCAAAGAAAAGAGGUGGAAUCAAUGAAGCACUGGGAGAAGAAGCAUCAGAAGACUGGGAAUCAGAUUUUGAGGGGUUUCAAUCAAGUUUGGUGGGUUUCAUUGAGAAAUUAAAUUGCUUUGCUGAGUCGUCGCUAAAGAUGUAUGUUGAUCUUAAGAAAGCCAUUGAAGUGGCCAAAAUUUUUUAUGAUCAAGCCCCGGCAGUAUCUUAGUAGCAGAUACUCUUCCACUUGAGAAGAAGAGAAGUGACCAUGAAUGAAUUUUAUACUUUAGCUUACAUUGAAUCUGGUGCACCGCAAUUUACAGAUAGCGUGUUCUGGUGGAAUGUCUGUCUGUUGGAGGGUGUAUCUCCGAAGAUGUAGAGAGGGUAAUACCAUAGUAGCAUUUUGGUCGAUGAUGAUACAUGGUCAUUGUUGUUUAAUAGGUAGAAUUAUAGUUCUGGCAGCAAUGAUGCUAUUGAUAAAUUUGUUUAAAAUGUAGAAAAAAAUUGGAUUUUUGGUUCAUUUGAUAUGUCAAUAGAGAUGACAAGGCACUGUUACUGCUUUCCUAUUGCAA